AUGAAGGCUUUUACUGUUUUAUUGUGCGUUGGCACUCUCACCCUCGUCUCUUCAGCACCGAUCAAUCAACAGAACUCGCAAUCCCGAGCAGAAUACGAUUAUGAGUAUGAAAGCUCAAAGCCCAACCAAGCGAGUGAGCCCGAGGAGUCUGCCAGCCACUACGACGCGUAUAUCCAGGACGUUCAAUCUGCUGCCUCUGGAGGAAACAAUGCGAAGAAAGGCUUCAGUCGAGGCAGUGGUUUAAGAACUAUAGCAGUUGGUUCGGCCAAUCAAGCGAAAACAGCGCUUGGGAAUCAACAGGCAGCGGGUUACCAAGCGGCUUAUGUUGCUAAGAACACGUUGGCUCAAUCAGCGGCUCAGUCGAGUGCGACAGCGCAGGCGGCUUUGGCCGGGAAGCAGGUCAUCCUCUCUGGGUUGGAGCAGCAAGUGCGUGACGCAAAGGUCGGCCUCCAGGGGGAGGAGAUGCAGCUGCAACAAGCUAAGAGAGCCGCCCAAGCUGCCGCCCAAGCUGCCCAACAGGCUAUGCACCAGGUGAACGUGAUCCAAGCAGCCCUCAACGCAGCACAGGCCACAUCGGAGAACGCGAACGAGGCGGCGUCGCAGGCCGCGGGCGAGCUCGGCGCGCAGACCGCCAUGGUGGGCGCCGCGCGCCAGCGCCUGCAGACCCUGCAGGAGCAGCUCAAGGGCGUCAGGAUCGACUUCGAGGCCACUCAGGCUGCUGCCAGAAAAGCUCAGGCCGCGGCCCAGCAAGCGCAAGCGAACGCGGCGGAGGCGGCCGCGAAGGCCGCGGCGGCCGGCCUCGGCAAGCACGACGCCUCCCACGAAGGUACUAACCACGAAGAGUACAAGUCAGCCCCAGAAACCCAGCAGUACUACCAGUCGGACUACCAGCAC